AUGACAAUACAGACAAACAAGCAUAUCGACGAGCUUGCCGUUUUGCAGAGCAAAGUUCAGAAGGAGUAUGCACUUGAAAUAUUAAGAGACAUUGCACAUCAGGUUUCCUAUUUGAUGCGAGAAAAUGGGUUGAAAGUAAGACAGUUGGUGGAAUUUUACCCUAGAAACAAACGAUUAUUGGGUAUGAAUGUAAACAGUGGGGCUAAAAUUAUGCUUAGGUUAAGAGACCCUUACAACGAUGCGACUUUUUUGUCGCGCGAGAGCAUACUGGGCGUGAUGCUGCACGAAUUGACGCACAACAUCUUCGGACCUCAUAACGCCAGUUUCUACCGCAAGUUGGACGAGUUCACAGGACGGCAAUGGGUUAUAGAGCAGAAGGGCCUGUAUGACGCAUUUGUUGGUAAAGGUCGAAAACUGGGCACGAGAUCGCGGUCGCAACUUUCAGUUACAACGAGCUCGGGACGUCGUCUGGGGGGUGCAAUUUCUACAGGAUCCAUAAGCAGAACACCUGCGGAAAUGGCUUCUUGGGCAGCUGAAAACCGUGCACAAGACUCCAAGUGGUGUGUGAGUGCCCAGAGGGGUGCAGCAACGAGCGAAAAUCUCAGUCCUGCCAAAGAUGAGCUUGGUUACGUAUUAGUCGAUAGUGAGAGUGAAAAUGAAACCGAGAGCGAGCCCGCUACAACAUUUGCCAUCGAAAUCAUAGAUCUUACGUAG